ACAGGUUUGGUUGCUGUCAGCAGGUCGGGGCUGCGCUGCUGUCGUCAGGUGCGCGCUGAGGGGACGUAGUGGCAUCUGCUGUCGACGCCUCUUCAGACUCGCGCCGGGUCGUACAGGAGGACACACGCCCAGCUGGAAAUAAGCAUUAAGUGUUACGUUCGUGGAACAGCCUCCUAAUCUCUGAUCUCUUGGAUUACUCCUCUGAUGGACAGGACUGCGUCUCAUCCGUAGUUUUUGAUCACUAUUUUACGCACACUGAAGUCCAUUUUUGCGCAGCCUUAUUUGCGCCUCGGCACCUGCAUGAUGGAUUAAACACUCGUUUCUUAACUUGUGCUCCCUAAAUGAUUGUGGAUUAUUCAUGGACUCACAUCAUGCUAAAUAAUGAUGAUCCUCUGGUCACUCGAGCGCGCAGCGGCAAGUUGGAUUAAGAGCCAGGGACUUUCCAUUGCUCUUGGACCAAACACCUUCCUACUCUCCUGAGACACUUUGACCUGUUUUACCACUACUGACGCGCUGGGAUGGAGAGCGAGCUGAGACCACGGCUCUGUUUCCUGACCAAAGGCGAGGGCGGUUAUGGCUUCCACCUGCACGGCGAGCGUAACAGAGGCGGGCAGUACAUCCGCAAAGUGGAUCCCGGCUCCUCGGCUGACAUGGCCGGGUUGCGAGCGGGGGACCGAGUGGUGGAGGUGAACGGGGAGAAUGUGGAGAAUGAAUCCCACCACCAAGUGGUGAACCGAAUCCGUGUCGUGUCCCACCGCACCAGGCUGCUGGUGGUGGACAAAGACACUGAUGACCACCUUCGCAGCCGGGGUCUGGCUUGCACUGAGGACCUGGCUAUUGAAAUGGGAACCCUCUCUCUGCGCCCCUCACCUGCACCCACUCCUUCUACCUCUCCCUUACCCAGAGAGAGUGCACCCCUGUCUCCUCAAACCUACCACACACAGUCAUUUCCCCCACCAAGUGCAGAGUUGACCCCAAACACGAUCCAACAAGACACAGCCAAAAGAUCCUCAGUAACAUCAAGUACAGCGACAGACACAGAGCAGGUGGUGCAGCCCUCACCAGAGCGGAGAGUCGAGCACCUUCCUCGUCUGUGUCACAUGGUGAAGGGGGAGCAGGGCUAUGGUUUUAACCUCCACAGUGAUAAAACCAAGAGGGGACAGUUUGUGCGCUCAGUGGACCCCGGCUCAGCUGCUGAGGGUGCAGACUUGAGGUCUGGAGACAAACUAGUGGAGGUGAAUGGAGUGAACAUAGAGGGCCUCAGGCACUCAGAGGUGGUGGCAAUCAUAAGAGCAGGAGGCCGAGAAGUGCGCCUCCUAGUGGUUGACCAGGCUACAGACCAGCUCUUCCAAAGACUAGGGAUCACACCCACGUCUGGCCACGACAAAGAAGUGAAUGUGGAUGAACCAGCCACGGAGAGCGUACCCCCCUCGCCCUCUCCAAUCACUGAGCUCCCCGCCACGGAUCCACCGGUCAUUAACGUGACGCUGACCGAUCCUCCAAUCGCAAACUCAUCUCCAAAAACCAGGACCAACGGGAGCUCUGCAUCCCAGUCCUCACGAAGCUCCACGACCCAGUCAGAGAUCAGCAGCUCUGACAUGAGCAUCCAGGUCCCUGAUGAAGAUGACAGGCGUGUUUCGGAUCCUUUCACGGACAGUGGCCUGCGUUUGAGUCCCACAGCUGCUGAGGCAAAACAAAAAGCCUUCGCCAGCCGCACCAAAAAGAGAGCGCCUCCUAUGGACUGGAGCAAAAGACAAGAGAUCUUCAGUAACUUCUGAACCUUGAAUGUAGCGUUGGAAUUUCACAGAGAACAGUACUUCCUCUCAAGUACUGUGUUACGGUACCUAUUUGAGGUGCUAGUAUUUUACAGAGUAUUUACAUUUUAUGCAACUUUAUACUCCGACUCCACCACAUUUCCAUCAGCCAUUGUCCCCAGUUACCUCUCUGACGGCAACUGAUACACACUUCCAGUAGCAACUUUAUUGAACUGGGAGCAGUAACUGUCAUAAAGCUGAAAACAGGGCAGGUAAAGGUGACAACAAAAAAAAAAGAUCUUUAAGAAUAAGAAGCAACAUGUAGAAAGAAGAUUGAAUUAGCAUCGAUUUUAAAAAGAAUGUUGUUAAAUGCACAAACACAUUAAUACGGAGGCAGAUUAGGGCCACUGAAAAAAUUUAAUUAAAUUAAGGUCCAAUAAGUAUUGGUAAGUAUCCAGUACA